AUGGAAAAUGGCCAUCCAAGUACUCCAAUGGUUAAUAGAUCUCUUGAUGUUGAAAAAGAUCCAUUUCGUCCUUGUGAGGAGAACGAGGAAGUGUUAGGUCCUGAAGUACCUUACAUGAGCGCUAUUGGUGGACUAAUAUAUCUAUCAGAUCCACACAAAGCUAGAUCACAAACAGGUUAUGUUUUCACAAUUGGUGGAACCGCGGUCUCCUGGCGUUCGCAAAAGCAAACUUUGGUUGCAACGUCUUCAAAUUAUGCAGAAACUAUUGCUCUCCAUGAAGCUUGUAAGAGUGUGUGUGGCUCCGGUCUAUGA